AUGGAAGUGGGGGCUUCGGUGUGGGUGGCAGACGCGGGCCCGGACACUUGGGUGGAAGGCACGGUGUUGACAAAGCGGCUUGUGGACGGUGGUCUGGGCGUGGCUGGUGGUGGUGGAAAGGCAGGGCAGCAGUAUGAUCUGGAAAUCGAGCUGUUGGACCGCGCUGGGAAAAUUAGCUUCAGGGUGGCUGCGGGCGAGACGGAAGCGGCCGAUGUAAAGCUGCGCAACGAGGAGGACGUGUCGCUCGUCCAAGACUUGAUCACACUUCCGCACUUGCACGAACCCGCCAUCUUGCAUUCAUUGCAAGAACGCUUUGAAGAAGGCGCUAUCUACACCUUUACUGGCCCUAUCCUUCUGGCGGUCAAUCCAUUCAAGCGGCUCUCAGGGAUGUACACUGAGGACGUGCUCCUCACCUACUUUGAGCAG